UCGACUGCUCAUAUGCAAAGCCAACUUACAACUCUUUCCUCGAUAUUAGCACAACUCGAUUGUUGAGAGCUUACUAGGUAGUAAUGUAUGUCAAGACUCCUCAAGUUUGCAGCGAACCCUAUUACUUUCCAAUAUAUCGAAGCUUACUAUAUCUUAUCCUGUCCGUCGGCUCUGGCCAAGUAUUACAAUGAGUGACUUUAGACAUCUGCCGUACGAUGAUACUAGUUCAAUGCGACGUCAAGUCCAGAGCCACCCCACCGGGUAAUUCAGAAGACGUAUGUUUCCCAGUGCAAUACAAAUGAACUACCGAUUCUUUAUAAACUGUACUCAUGCGCAUUUUAUCUUGAAACCGUAUAUUGGAGUUUGUACUGGGUCAUGGCCACCCUUUCCGAUCAACGGCUGGCGGAAAGCCCAGGGUCGAAAAAGCUACAUUUCGUGAUUGUCGGCGGCUCGCUAGGCGGUCUCGCAACCGGUCUUGCGCUCAAAGCGCUCGGCCAUGACACUACGAUACUAGAGCGCAACCCCGCGCCCCUAUUGCAAGACCAGGGGGCCGGGAUAGUCGCAGGAGGCGACACUCUCAAGUUGUUCGAGCGGUACAAUCGAUGCGACCAGCCAUUCUCGGUACCAUCAGAGCGAAGACAGUACCUCGACAGAGAUGGCAACGUUGUGCACAAGGUGGACACAAUGCAGUACAUGACCUCGUGGGACCUGACGUACUACCUCAUGCGGGCCAACUACGACGGCAUCGAGAGCCCGUACUGCAAAGUCCCGCCCCCUAUUCCCGGGCAUGGGAAAGCCACGCACCUGCAUGAUCGCCAGGUAACACAUUUCAAAGAAGAAGGCGACGGCAUACGCGUGUUCUGGAAGACCAGCUCGGGGGAAGAAGGCAGCACAGCCGGCGACAUCCUGAUCGGCGCCGACGGGCCCAGCUCCACGAUCCGCAAGCUCCUCGAGCCCAGCGUCGAGCGCAAGUACUCGGGCUACUGCGCGCUGCGCGGGACGCUCAUCGAGAGCGAGGCCAGCGCAUGCGCCAGGGCGGCCUUCAGCAACCGCUUCACCUUCUUCCACAGCCCCGGCGUCCAGAUCCUCGCGUACCUGAUCCCCGGGAAAGACGGCACCGUCGAGCCCGGCCGGCGCCUCAUCAACUUCGUCUACUACACCAACUUCCCCGAGGGCUCCGCCGAGCUCGAGGAGAUCAUGACGGAUAAAGAUGGCCGAAGCCGCCAGAUCACGGUGCCGCCCGGCGUGACGAGCCCGGCCGCGUGGGAGAAGCAGCGGCGGCUCGCGCGCGAGCGGCUGCCGGCGCAGUUCGCGGAGAUCGUCUGCGGGACGCAGCGCCCCUUCGUGCAGGCGGUCACGGACGUGCUGAGCCCGCGCAACGAGUACCUCGACGGCAAGGUCGUGCUCAUCGGCGACGCGCUGGCGGGGUUCCGCCCGCACACCGUGGCGUCAACGUCGCAGGCUGCGUUCGACGCGAUGCUGUACGCUGAUUACGUCGCCGGUAAGGUGUCGAGGGAGGAGUGGAAGAGGGAGACGAUGGGGUUCGCGAGGUACAUCCAUAAGAGGGGCGUGGAUAUGGGCGAGCGCAGCCAGCACAUGGAUUUGCCGGUGCAGGAGCAUAUACAUGAUCGCAAUGUGGCGUCGAGGCCGAGGGAGCAGGAGGUUUAUCCUGACUGGGCGAUUGCGGUGUGAUUGUGUAGUUACGUAGCUAGAUGUGAUGAAUAGGGGGUGGGAUUAAG